CAUCCCCGCACCGCGGUGUCGCCUCCUGGGCAGUUCCACCGGGGGCUCGGUCCGCUCGCGGCUGUGGAGAGACGAGGUGUAUGUAGUGCUCUGCGCCCGCAUCGGGUCGCCCGCCCUCUUCCCAAACCCGGCCUGCUGGUUGAUUGCAGGAGAAUCAGAUGCACGGCUUUUAUUGGGUUCCCAGCAGCUUCUGUGGGAAGUGGUUGCUGCGUAGACAGGCUUAUUAAUAUUCAUGGUUAUAAGGUGAUAAUAUUUCUUCAACGUCAGAAUGAGAAUCAGUUUUGCAGCUGUGUUUCAAGGCAAAUCCAGUAAAGCCUACGUCAGUUCAGUCGCUCACGGGACUCCAUUGGUUCUAAGUCUGGAAUUAAAUAAAGAUAGAGAUGUGGAAAGAAUACAUGAGAGCGGUAUCAACACACUUGAUAUUGAGCCUGUUGAGGGAAGAUACAUGUUAUCUGGUGAAUCAGAUGGUGUUAUUGUACUUUAUGACCUUGAAAACUUGACCAGAAAACCAAGUUACACCUGUAAAGCACUUUUCUCUGUGGGAAAGAGCCAUCCUGAUGUACAUAAAUUCAGUGUGGAGACAGUCCAGUGGUAUCCUCGUGACACUGGCAUGUUUACAUCCAGCUCAUUUGAUAAAACCUUAAAAAUAUGGGAUACAAACACUUUACAACCUGCAGAUAUAUUCUACUUUGAGGGAACAGUCUAUAGCCAUCACAUGUCUCCAGUUGCUACACAGCAUUGUUUAAUAGCAGUUGGUACCAAAAGCCCCAAAGUACAGCUCUGUGACUUGAAGUCUGGAUCCAGUUCUCACAUACUACAGGGUCACAGGCAAGAAGUAUUGGCAGUGUCUUGGUCCCCACGUCACGAAUAUGUUUUGGCAACAGGAAGUGCUGAUGGUAGAGUAAAACUGUGGGAUGUGAGGAGAGCUUCUGGGUGUCUGAGUACACUUGAUCAGCACAAUGGGGAAAAGUCCAAGGCGUCUUCUGAGGCAGCAAAUACUGCUCACAAUGGGAGAGUUAAUGGUUUAUGCUAUACCAGUGAUGGACUUCAUCUGUUAACCAUUGGUACAGAUGAUCGGAUGAGACUCUGGAACAGCUCCACUGGAGAAAACACAUUAGUGAACUAUGGGAAAGUCUGUAAUGAAAGUUGGAAAGGACUCAAAUUUGCCAUCUCUUGUGGCUGUAAUCCAGAGUUUGCCUUUGUACCAUAUGGAAGCACCAUUGCUGUUUAUACAAUUUUCACAGGAGAACUGAUAACUGUGCUUAGAGGGCAUUAUAGUACUGUCAACUGCUGUGUAUUUCAACCUCAUUUUCAGGAACUUUAUAGUGGUAGCAAAGACUCCAAUAUCCUUGCAUGGAUACCAGCUCCACGAGAGCCAGUUCUUGAUGAUAUUUCUGAAAAGUCUCUGCCUCAACAACAUUUAAAUCCAGCAUAUGAAGAUGCAUGGAGCAGCAGUGACGAUGAAGGCUGAAUUUAAAUUAUGUGCUGAUAUAAAGUCGACAUUCAGGCACUGCAUUCACAGACUUUAUCUACAGAAUUGGAUAUUGUUGGAUUUAUCACGACUGGAUUUUUGGUACAGUUCUGUUAGAGCAAGGUCUUCAGAAAUAAAUUUCCACUGUUCUCUGUGGUUUUUUGUCACUGUUAGAGUUAAAUCUAAAGGAUUACUUUUUCAUACUGACUUUUGUACUUACCUUUACACAUUGGUAUACUUUAUUUAGUGUUUAACAGCUGAUAAAGAAAAAAUAAAAGCCCUCCAGACCAGUCAAUAUUAAAUUUUUUCUAUUAUCACUAGUACAUGAGGAGAUAACCCCUUCAUUUCCAAGAUGCAUGAUAGAGAUGAUUUUGCCUGAAGGAGGACUAGCUCAGGAACCAGCUUAUUUUUAUCAGUGUCUAGGUGGAGCAGACUGAAUCCAUUUUCAAGUGCUUAUGUGCUGUGAGAGUCAACAGGUUUUUGUGCCUGUUCUCUAGUAUUUUCAGUUUUGUAUGUUUUUCCAUAAAGGCAGUAUUCAGUUCAGAAAGAGAUAUGGGGAUCCUCUAUUCAAGUAUUUAUAUGGUGACCCCAUCAGGUAGUAUCUGAAUCUGCCCCAGCAAGUUAAGAAUAGAGACUAGUUUAAUUAGAGGUUUUGUUGCUCCUGUAGCAGGUUUUUAAGAUCAGUCUUUUAUGUAUGAAUUUUUCACACAUCCCUAGCCAACUUGAAGAUUUCCUGGAAAAGCAGGCUUGAGGUACAGUACAAGGCAGAGAGUGGAUCACAUUUCAAGAAUGUUGAAUGUAAUCCUUCAAAACUGUUUCAAAACAUUUUGUGGUCCUAAUGCCUGUUCUGUUUUAAAAGGGAGGGAUUUUAUGGGGUUAUUCUCAUCUCAGUCACUAGUUUGUGCUUCAGACAUAAUGUAGUCACCAAGCUGAGAGCUGAGUUAAAGGUUAGUGUCAGAUAUAGAUGCAGCUCUACAGAGGAAAAAUUCCUUCCAAAGUAGAGCGGAAGUUUAGACCACAAAUUCAGACAAAGGGGAAGAACAUUGUACAAACAAGUGAAAGGUAAUAAUUUAAUUUUUGUAUGGUGUGGAGAUAUUUCUGUCAUUAGUAUGCAUGAUAGAAUAAUUCACUGUGCUUCUUUAUUUUGAUAUCUGUACAAGAUACAGGCUGUCAGAUUCUAUAUGCCUAGCAUUGUAAAAUGAUAACAGCUGAGGAGUGGGCAUAUUAAGGGAAUGUUGUAGUUAAACAACCUUCAUAUUUAGUGCAUAUUUGCUGGGACAGAUCCACUGUUGACUGUAUAGCUGUAGGGUCAAGAAUUCCAGAAGUUUAGGCUGAAGUUAAGGACCCACCCGACACUCACUUUACAGGAAUAGAGAAGAGCAUUUUCUAUUUUUUUCCCCAUAUUAGUUUUUAUUACCAAGAGUGGCUGCUCCCCUCUAGAAUCGGAAAAACGAGGGAACAAAUUUGUCCCCAUCUUCCUUAAUGAAAGAUGCUAUAAGUCUUUCCUCAUGAAAGAGCUGUUCUAUCCCUCUGAUCAUUUUUGUGUCCCUCCUCUAGACCCAUUCCAACAGGUCCACCUCUUUCCUGUGCUGAGGACCACAGAGCUGGAUUCAGUUCUCCAGGUGGGUUCCUUUUUGCAUGCUGAUUUUGUCAGGAGUUCCUUUUUCAUGCAUGCAGACAUCCUCCCGCCUUUGCCUAAUUUCCUUACCCAUGUGAGCUUGGACUAUCCUUGAAAAUCAGCCAGCUCUCCUGGACACUCCUUCUCAUCAGGGCCAUGUCCCAUGGAACCUUUCCAGACAGAACCCUGAAUAGGGAUCUAUCUGGAAAUGCGGAAGUUUUCCUCUAAACUUUUAUGGGGAUCAUUUUCAUACUGUUGCUGAAUAACUUUUUACACAUCAGGUUUGCCUAAGUAGCACCACAAAUGUGGAAUUCAGCUCAAGAAGAGGUGGGCUGAGAAUUAUUUGCCCAGGUAUCUGCCCACCCAGACACCUUUGGGUUUAGUGUCCCAAACAGUUGAGAAUAGAAAUGUUUGCCUUAUGGGCUUAUUGCUCCUACUGUAGCUAGUAUCUUGUACAUAGGAGUCCUUUCAAAUCUUCUUCUGGUAUCAGUUGUUGAUGGCAUUAUUCUCCCUCUUGACUGUUUUCCUCUGCUGGAAGGGGAAACAUUUCUGGAGAAGGAAAUGAGAAAUACGAGCAAUAAUUCAGGCAUAUUCUACAACCUAGCACCUGCAAACCUUCCAUAUAAUGGCAGUAGCUGAUAGGUGGUGUUUAGUUUGCAAGACUUGAAACCUCUUGGUACUUGCCAGCAUCUCAAACACCAGUUUCCAGGAAAACUAUACUUUGAAGAAUGGCAUUUUUAUUAUGAUUUCCUUCAGUACUUCUAGUUUUCUGUAGAUGUGGUAAAUUUAUUAUUCAAGCUUUUUCUAGGAAAAAAGAAGUAUUUUAUGUCUGCUGCAAUCUUAUGGUGUCUGUACUUAAUUUCUAAUUAAAGUGUUAGUAUCUUCAAAAUGAAAAUUUUUAAAGGACAGUGAAGGUAUCCUGUAUAUUGUUUUUCACUGCCAAGAAUUAAGUACUAAACCAACAGUAUCAGUUGCAACGGUGCAAUCUCUUGUUUAUGUGUUAGAUGUGAUAAUUAAAUCUGAAUCUUCUCCUUUGUU